AUGAAUUUGCAGCUACUACUUUCGUUUUUAUAUCUAUUUACUAUAGCAUUAACUGCAACCACUACCACCACCACCUCCUCCUCCUCAUCCACCUCCUCGUCAUCCUCAUCCUCCUCAGAAAGUCCAACAUUGGUAUGGGUCACAGGAACAAAUUCAUUAGGAGUAACUCAAACCACUCAAUCUCCAUUCUACCAAAAAUUUCGCACAGCGUUUGUUGAUCCUCAGGGAUCGAUACAAUCAGGAUCAAUAGGGCUAGGGAAUCUGGAAACUUUAUUACAAGGGUUCAAAACUUAUGAUAUGACUACAAUAUCUCAAGCAAAUGGAGCUCCCUCAAGAAGCAGCUUUAUUUUCUUUCAUGGGCAUGGUAAUACCAAUUAUUUGGGCUUACAAACUAAAGGCGCUACCUUGAUUUUUGUGUGUUGUAUGGUGUCGUUCAUUUCAGCACUUUUCUUUAUAUAA